CCUAAGGGCCUUUUGAUAUUCAAUCAUAGCAGCAAACAUACCAUGGAAAAUAUUUCUUCACAAACAAGUAGCGAGGCAUUCGACAAGGAACAUAGUUACAAUAGCGACGACAAAGAAAGUGAAAGCGAGUAUGAGGAAGAGACAUCAUAUAUAAUACUUGAUCUAGGAACAGAAGCUACACUCGACAUUAAAUAUCACUUCUCGCAAAAUGUUCUCGUUCGACGACAACAAAUUGACGAUAACGAUGAUAAUCAAGAUGCUGAUAUUAGUGGGAGUGGAGGUGACGGAGAAAGUGAAAAAGUAAAGGACGACAUUACAUAUUCCUUAAUU